ACUCUGGCCACAAUGUACUGGUCUAAAGACGUUUCUGAAUGAGCGAGUGUGUGAGUGUGAGAGUUACCGUUAAACGAAUGUGCGAUUUUAGAGUGAGUGGAACAGUGUGAUUGCGGGGAAAGGUUCUAGAAGGAUGAAGAGAAAAAUCUCAACCAGUUUGUAUUGAGCAGCCGGCGAAUAAAGUUGAAAACUUAUUUAAAUCGCGUUAAGUUAUUCCGAAUCCCGAGAAGGAGCACCUGUGGCGGUUAUAUCUUCAGAAGUGGGAUUGCCUUUGCCGUUGCCAGAAGAAGCCGAAAUCAAAAUCGCUCGAAAUAAUAUGGAUGCACAGCGGUUGAGCAAAGCCGAACUUAUUGCGUGGCUCCAGGAUCGCCAUAUUGAGUUUCCGCCUUCUGUUACGGUUCGGCACUUGCGAAUCCUGUUCGAACAAGAGAUGCUGAGAGAACAAAGGAACAAUGCGGCUGCGAACGAUCCACAAGAUGGCGGCGAUCAAGAUGAUGAGGACGAAGCGGAGAACGAGGAAGAACGGGAGCUGAAUGCUGAGAUUCGGAUCCUACAGAAGCGGAAAUUUGUUGCCGACCUCCGGCGUGAAAUAGCAGCGAUUGAAGCCCAGUUGAACGUAGUGAAUGCAGCCCCAAUCAAGCCACCAGACUUCCGCGACAUCAAGUAUUCCGUUCCGUGUUUCCGAGGUGGCGAAUCGUACGAUGCUGAGAAGUGGAUUGAUGACUUCGAGCAGGCGUGCGAUUCCGUUCAUGGUGAUGACGAUUUCCGACUGAUGUGCGUCCGGCGAUUGAUGGAACCCGGAUACGAAGGCGAAUUGUUCCUCAGAGUCGACCGAUCAAAAACGUAUCAGGAAUUCAAGGACAGCUUUCUGGAAAACUUCAGCCACGUUCAUUCCGUAUCGGAAAUUAUCGACACGAUGAAGAAGACGACAUUCAGCGCUGCAAAGACAACCGUAAUGGGAUACAUUUUGAAAAUGCAGGAAAUUGCAUCUCGAGCGAACAUCGAUGAGAAACAGACGGUGCAACUUAUUGUUGACGGCUUUCGUGAUCGAUCUGCGAACAUUGCAGUGCUCUACCCGGCGACAACCAUCGCACAACUGAAGCAACUGGCUCAUCGAUAUUCGCAGUUGAGGGACAUGUAUUCCGCUCCAUCUUCCACGCAGAUCAGAGUGAAAACCACCGCUAAAACCGCAUCAAAAUCUUCGACCUCGGAUGUUCGCUGUUUCAACUGCUCCGGCGUAGGACAUUUUUCAUCUGCUUGCCCAGAGCCGAAACGGGAGAUUGGAUCCUGCUUCCGAUGCGGUUCAACCCAGCACAAGCUGAAGGAGUGUCCAAAACCGGCUCCUGCUCAUCGUCAACAGAUUGCUUUGGUGGACGACUUCCGUCGCGGAUCCGCACGAAUGGAUGACGAAUUGUCGGAUGCAAGCGGUGGAACUAUUCCAGAGGUUAACAAGUCCGAUUAAUUUAAUACAGAGAUCGGCAGUCCCAAUUCACUCUAUUCCUACAGAGAAAAAACGUUCCGGUUACAAAGGUGUAGGAGGAUUCCCAUUAUGCACAUACGGAGUAAUCCCUGUCAGCAUAACCUUUCGC